AUGAGAACAGGAACUUCUCUCAUCGCGGCUUCGGCUCUGCUGAGCGCAGUCUUUGCCGCUCCAGCUCCCGCACCAAACCGUGUCAAGGCUCGUCAAGAGUCCGCCGUACAAUUCUUGGACAACACAAACAACCCGACCGCCACACCGUACGGACCGGAAGGUGCAUCUGGUUCUCUGAGAGGUGGGCUCGAGCUCGCGGGCUUCAACCCUACCAAUCUUAUCAGCUCGUACGACCCUGCUGUGGUACCAUCGAGUGCUUUCAGCGUUGGUCCGCUUCAGACUGCAAGUGCAGAUACAGGCUUCUAUCUUGACUUGAGUCGGAUUGAGAACCCUCAGCCUAUACGUGGCGCUGGAGGCAAGUCGCCUACAGACCCUGGACCGAGGAACAGAAUGCUCGAGAAGCAGAACCCUGAUCUGUAUGCCCCUCCUGGUACCGACUCUGGCGAUGUUGCCAACGCAAAAUGGCCGCUGGGUCUUUCUCACAACAGACAUGGCUUGAAUGGCGCCGGGUUCGCAAGACAACAGAAUGUUGACCUUCUGCCUGUUGCUAAAAAUAUGGCCGGCGUCGACAUGCAUCUUGAGCCAUAUGCAUAUAGAGAGUUGCACUGGCAUCAGGCAAACGAGUGGUCUUAUAUCCUCAACGGCUCUGUUCGUCUCAAUGCCGUCAACGAAGCCGGUGAGACGACUACAGAUGACCUCUCUGCUGGUGACGUCUGGUUCUUCCCUGCGGGCAUCCCUCACAGCAUUCAGGCCGGUCCUACUGGUGUCGAGUUCUUGCUUGUCUUUGACGAAGGCAGCUUCAGCGAAGACAACACCUUCCUUCUCUCCGAACUUUUCGCCAGAAACCCAAAGUCUGUCUUGGCCAAAGAUCUACGUGUCGACAUCUCAGCUCUCGACCACAUUCCCCAAGAUCAAUUAUACAUCUUCAACGGCUCAGCAUAUCCAGCCAAUGUAUCUGAUCCUCUCAACAACAUCACCGGUCCUGCUGGCGUAAUCCCAAACAAAAACUCGUAUACCUAUCACUUCUCCGAGCAAGCUCCUUACGAAGUCCCCGGCGGUAGUGUCAAGAUCAUCGACACCCAGACAUUCCCCGCCGCCUUCGAUUUCGCCGUCGGUCUCUUCACCAUAAAACCCGGCGCCAUGCGUGAACUACACUGGCACACCACCUCCGACGAAUGGGACUUUAUAAUCAGCGGUCAAGGCCGCCUGACCCUCUUCCAAGCACCCCAAGCCUCUCGCACUUUCGACUUCCAAGCCGGCGAUGUGGGAUAUGUGCCGGUCGUUACUGCUCAUUACCUUGAGAAUACGGGUACUGAAGACUUGGUAUAUCUUGAGGUCUUGCAAGCACCUAUUUACAAUGACAUCAGUGUUGCGCAGUGGUUAGGCUUGACGCCUAAACAGGUUGUCAAGGAGCAUUUGGGCUUUAGUGAUGAUACGCUCAAUCGCUUGCCGAAGAUUAAACCAUUCAUUCUGCCUGGAGAUACUGAUUUGGGACAGACCAACUUUACCUCUGAAAAUGAAUAA